GGCAUGGAGGAAGGCAACCAUAGUGUAACUGACUUCAUCCUGGUAGGUUUCACCCAGGAUCCUAUGAUGCAGAUGAUCCUCUUUGUACUUUUCCUCAUUGUGUACUUGAUGACAAUGCUGGGGAAUAUCACUUUGAUAGUAUUAAUCUAUACAGACUCCCGGCUGCACACCCCCAUGUAUUUCUUCAUUGGAAACCUAUCUUUUCUGGAUCUCUGGUAUUCCUCUGUUUACACACCCAAAAUCAUGGUGACCUGUGUGUCUGAGGACAAGAGCAUCUCCUUUUCUGGGUGUGCAGCUCAGUUCUUCUUCUCAGCUGGACUGGCAUAUAGUGAGUGCUACCUGUUGGCUGCCAUGGCAUAUGACCGCUACAUAGCCAUCUCCAACCCACUACUCUAUGCUCAGGCCAUGUCUAGAUGGUUAUGUAUAUGUCUGGUUGGCAUUUCCUACAUUGGUGGUUUUGUUAAUGCUAUCAUACUUACUAGCAAUACAUUCACUCUCAAUUUCUGUGGGGAUAAUAUCAUUGAUGACUUCUUCUGUGAUGUCCCACCCUUGGUGAAGCUGGCAUGUAAUGUGAAGGACAGUUACCAGGAGGUGCUCUAUUUCCUCUUGGCUUCCAAUGUAAUCACUCCUACUCUACUAAUCCUGGCCUCCUACCUCUUCAUCAUUGCUGCCAUCCUGAGGAUUCGCUCUACCCAGGGUCGACUCAAAGCAUUCUCUACCUGCUCCUCUCACUUGAUUUCUGUCACAUUAUAUUAUGGCUCUAUUCUCUACAUUUAUUCCCGCCCAAGUUCCAGCUAUUCCCUGGAGCGAGACAAAAUUGUCUCUACAUUUUACACUGUGGUCUUCCCCAUGUUGAAUCCCAUAAUCUAUAGCCUGAGGAACAAGGAUGUGAAAGAAGCCCUGAAGAAACUUUGCAAAAUGACAAUUUCCUGA